GAGGAUGCAGCUUUACGCAGACACAGAGGUUGACGUCCUGAGCCAGUUGAUGGAGUCGGGCUGUGCGGUGAACUCUCCAGGGGACGCGCUCGGACAGACGCCCUCUUACCUUGCCGCGUGCGGGGGGCAUGCUUUCUUUCUGCUCUGGCAGCUGCAGACCGGAGUUGACAUCAACCAGCAGGACCUGUUGGGAGAGACUCUGGCUCAUAAAGCCGCUCGCUCAGGAAGUUUGGAAUGUCUGAGUCUUCUGGUCGCUCGGGACGCCAGAUUAGACGUCUGCAAUAGAGACGGACACACGGCGGAAGACCUGGCGCUGUCCGGCGGAUUCCUCGAAUGUGCAAAAUAUCUCGCCGUGGUGAAAAAUACGCAGGAUGUGUUUUCUAGAGCGCGGUCCUCCGUGCAGGAUCUGAAAGAGGCCACGGCUGGAUUGAAGAGAGCGCAGAGCGGUCUGGAUGGUUCUCGGGGGAAGAGACGGCGAUCUGAUGCUUUCAUUUAGAUCUUCGGGCAUGAACAU